AUGUCCGCCCUCCGCAAGGCCCUCCCGCAAGCCGUCCGCGAGCUGCGCCUCUUCGGCUGCCAGCAGUCUCCCGCCUCCGAGGGCGUCCGCGCCUUCAUCAAGUCGUCGUACCCGGCCGUCAAGAAGGCCAACCCGGACUUGCCUAUCCUCAUUCGCGAGGCGCACGGCACGCCCGCGCGUGGGUUUGUUCGCUUCGAGCGCGGCGUCGAGAAGCAGAUCUCGCUCGAGGGCGCAUCGUCGGCCGAGGAGGUCGAGCGCAAGAUCGCGUCGUUGCUGUAG